AUAAAUAACUUAUAUUUUAAGUUAACCAAAAGUUGAUUUAUACAAACAAAUGAUAAUUUUGGGAACUAAAUACACAAUGACCUAUUCCUCUAUUAUUGCCUUUAAACAAUUUUUUUUUAAAUAGGACUUGUGCACAAACAAAUGUGUAUAUAAAGUAAAAAUAUAAUGUUUACCAACCAAACAGGAAAGUGACUCGCAUUUUUUGUUUACACUGUUUUAAUGGUGGCUGUAAAGUUGCGUAAACUUUGGGCGGACGACAUAAUUGUGGGCUUCACCGUCUAAUGGUGAAAAAUAAUAAAACCGCUUUUUAAUUGUCGCCGUUAAAAUAUGGUGCCGUUUCGACAUCCGAGGAUGGGACAUUGUGUUUAUCGCAACAUUAAUUGAUCAAUUACAACAUGUCUAAAACUCUAAUUAACUCAUUUUAAUGGCUUAUAAUAAAGAAAUUUAAACAAUCAGGUUAAACUUCACAAAAGUCAUUUCCAAAACUGACAAAUAGUUACAUAAAAUGGAGUUUAAUUCGAAAGUUGGAUUGUUACUGCGAAGCAAUGUAUGGCAACCCAAAGUCCUGAAAGCUUUCAUGGGACAGUUCCACAAGCUCACCCUAGACAAAGUAGAUGUUAAGGACAAACGUGUGUUAAUGAGAGUCGACUUCAAUGUACCCAUGAAAAAGGGCACCAUCACCAACAACCAACGAAUAGUGGCAGCUUUGGGGUCGAUCAAGUACACCCUGGAACAGGGGGCGAAAAGCCUGGCGUUGAUAUCUCACUUGGGACGUCCCAAAGGCCAAGUUGUAGCCAAGUCAAGCCUCAAACCGGUGGCAAGUGAGCUAUCUAGUUUGCUGGAUAAACCCGUCGAGUUCCUACCAGACUGUGUGGGCCCUAAAGUGAAGCAGAGCAUCCACAGCUCAGCCCCGGGGAGCGUUUUCCUUUUGGAGAACCUGCGGUUCCACCUGGAGGAGGAGGGGAAAGGUUUGGAUGGUGCUGGGAAGAAGGUUAGCGCCAGCCAAAAUGACGUUAAGGCCUUCAGACAAGGGCUAAGGGAGUUGGGUGAUGUUUACGUCAAUGAUGCCUUCGGUACUGCUCAUCGGGCUCACUCCUCCAUGUUGGGUGAAGGCUUCCAAGUGCGGGCUUGUGGGUUCUUAAUGAAAAAGGAGCUAGAAUACUUGUCUAAGGCGUUGCACAACCCCGAAAGACCUUUCCUGGCGAUUUUAGGUGGCGCCAAGGUAAAGGACAAAAUAGUUUUGAUUGAAAACUUGUUGGACAAAGUUGAUGAAAUGAUAAUCGGCGGGGGCAUGGCCUUCACCUUCCUCAAAGUCCUGCACAACAUGGAGAUAGGCAAAUCUAUGUUCGACCCGGAUGGUGCCAAACUGGUACCCAAGAUAAUGUCCAAAGUUGAAACUAAGGGCGUCAUACUACACUUGCCUACGGAUUUCAUCACGGCAGACUCCUUCAAGGAAAACGCCAACUGUAGUUGUGCCUCAGUGGAAGACGGAAUUCCGGAGGGUUGGAUGGGCUUGGACAUAGGCAAUCAAAGCGCCAACAACUUUUGCAUCCCCGUCCUGAGGGCCAAAACGAUUUUGUGGAACGGUCCUCCGGGCGUCUUCGAAUGGGAGAGGUUCUCCCACGGUACCAAACUGGUUCUGGUGGCCGUGGUGGCGGCCACAGAAGCGGGAGCCACCACCAUCGUUGGCGGCGGUGACACAGCCACUGUUGUCAAGAAGUUUGAUGCCGAGAAGUCGGUCAGUCACGUAUCCAGCGGAGGGGGAGCCAGCUUGGAGUUCCUCGAAGGCAAGAAGUUGCCCGGAGUUGAAGCUUUGAAUGAUGCAUAACAGUACCAAAAUAUAAUUUAAUUAGUUCCUUCAA